ACGACCGCCAACUACGGGAAGAGAGAAAAAGACUCAAAGCUCCGUUCACACCCGAACCCGCACUCGUCCCGCCCCUCCUCUCACGCUCUCUCUCGCUUAUAUCUUUGGUCUUUUUAGCUCCCUUUCCAGACGUGCAUCCGCUACCGUCUCCGCCUCCCUCGCAGCUUGGAACCCUCUUGGUCGUUCGACCCGUUUCCGCCGGCGGGGGGCCCCGGUUCUUGAUGCUUUCUUGCCGUUUCGACUGUGUGCGGGAACCGAUCGCGAUCAACGAGCUCUCGGUGGGAGGAGUGUCCUCAAUUUGAGCGAUUUCAGCAGGUGUCUGUUCGUGGAAUUCGAAAGGCUUUUCUUCGCGCGGGAUGGAGUUGGGGAAUCGGGUUUCGAGCCUUGGAGCCGCGGGAUUUCUAUGGGCCUUGCUUAGCUGUUGCGUGAUCCACUGCCUCGAGACCGAUAUCAACUGCUUGAAGACCAUAAAAGCGUCGGUCCAAGAUCCUCUGAAUUACUUGAACUAUACGUGGAAUUUCGACAACGACACUGAAGGCUUCAUUUGUCGAUUCACCGGAGUGGAGUGCUGGCAUCCUGACGAGAACCGGGUUCUGAAUCUAAAGCUCUCCGAUAUGGGACUCAAGGGCCAGUUUCCCCGCGGCAUCGAGCAAUGCAAAAGCUUGACAGGAUUGGAUCUCUCGAGCAAUGAGUUCUCUGGACCGAUCCCGGAAAAUAUAUCGAGUAUAAUUCCGUACGCGACGUCUCUCGACCUGUCGUCCAAUAAUUUUUCCGGACAAAUCCCGGUAAACAUUUCGAACUGUCGCUACUUAAAUUCCCUUAGGCUCGACCACAACCAGUUGUCCGGUCAAAUUCCAGCUGAACUCAGCCUACUCGGUCGACUCAAAUCCUUUAGCGUGGCCAACAACCUUCUGACGGGGCCAGUCCCCGCAUUUGGCCCUAACACUACAAUCACUGCGGAUGAUUAUGCAAAUAAUCCAGGACUUUGUGGUGCUCCUCUGCCUCCGUGCAUGAUAUAGAAGACCUCCAGGUGGACUCUACAUAGCCUAUAAGAUCGACCGUUGUGAAGCACUCGAUUCACCAGACUCGGGUCUAGGGAAAUAUCUCUCGUGAUUGAUCUUGUCAAUUUAAUAAAUUUCCUGUUAUAGUAAAUUCGAUGUUCGAUGUUCCGUUUUA